UGCUUGUCUACGACUGAAGGAACUUCACGGCGAACUUUGUUGCUUCGGCGCGACCUUUCUGAAGACAUGGCGGACAUCAAGGCCUUCGAGAAGGACGACUCUCCAGAUGGGUCCGGAGAGGUCCGCCGAGUUUCUGUGGCAUCGGUCGACUUGACGAACAACAUCGACGCAAAAGUGAGCAACCCACUCGCGGGUAUCUCGUAUGACGACCUCAUGAAAAAUGUCGAGGACUUUGCGCAAGAGAAGGACCUGAGUGAUCAACUGGAUCUCCUCAAGAAAGGAGCCUUGAUUGCCCAGGAUCCAGCCAACUUCGAAAGUCUCGACCAACUUGAUGAGCACGAAAAGGAGUUCUUGCGAUACGAGGCCAGUCACAAGUGGCGACAUCCAUGGCAGCUGUACAUGACAAUCAUCACUUGCUCCAUUGGUGCAGCCGUGCAAGGUUGGGAUCAGACUGGCUCAAACGGAGCGAAUCUCAGCUUUCCAGUCGAAUUCGGCAUUGGCAAUGGCGAGACUCCUGGCGCCCCAAACCAACUUCGCGACCAAUGGCUCGUGGGAGUCGUGAACGCUGGACCGUAUCUUGGAUCUGCUUUCAUCGGCUGCUGGCUCUCUGACCCUUGCAACUUCUACUUCGGGCGUCGUGGAACGAUCUUCAUCUCUGCCAUCUUCUGCUUACUCACUCCAAUCGGUGGCGCUGUCUCGCAGAAUUGGGAACAGCUGUUCAUCACUCGAUUGCUUAUGGGUAUUGGAAUGGGUCUGAAAGGAUCCUCUGUGCCAAUUUUUGCUGCUGAAAAUUCCCCUGCUAAAAUUCGUGGCGCUCUGGUCAUGAGUUGGCAGAUGUGGACUGCUUUCGGAAUUUUUCUCGGCUUCUGCGCCAAUCUUGCUGUGUACCGUGUUGGCGACAUUGCUUGGAGGCUGCAAAUCGGAUCUGCAUUUAUCCCAGCAGUGCCUCUCACUGCAUUGAUCUACUUUUGUCCGGAGUCACCUAGAUGGUACAUGAAGAAGAACAGAUAUCACAAGGCUUACAAGUCUUUGCUGCGACUACGAUUCCAUCCUCUGCAAGCAGCACGCGAUCUGUACUACAUUCACAGCCAACUUCAGGUCGAAGCCAGCAUCAUCGGAAAGAGCAACUACGUGACGCGAUUUGUGCAGCUCUUCACGAUCCCGCGUGUAAGACGCGCCACUCUUGCCAGUUUCACAGUCAUGAUUGCGCAGCAGAUGUGCGGCAUCAACAUCAUCGCCUUCUACUCCUCCACAAUCUUCCGCGAAGCCGAAGCCUCCGAACGCGACGCCCUCAUUGCCUCCUUCGGCUUCGGCCUCGUCAACUUCGUCUUCGCCUGGCCCGCAAUUUGGACAAUCGACACCUUCGGCCGCCGAUCUCUCCUCCUCUUCACCUUCCCUCAAAUGGCUUGGACCCUUCUCGCCGCAGGUCUCUGUUUCCUCAUCCCAGGAAACGGCCCAGCGCGCCUCGGUGCAAUUUCCCUCUUCAUCUACCUCUUCGCCGCCUUUUACUCUCCAGGUGAAGGGCCUGUGCCUUUUACCUACUCCGCCGAAGUCUUCCCCCUCUCGCACAGAGAAGUCGGAAUGGGAUGGGCAGUCGCAACCUGUCUCUUCUGGGCUGCUGUGCUUUCGAUUUCUUUCCCAGCUAUCCUUGGCGCUUUCACGCCAACGGGAGCGUUUGGGUUCUAUGCUGGAUUGAACAUUGUCGCAUUCGUGAUGAUUUUCCUUUUCGUGCCCGAGACGAAACAGCGUACGCUCGAGGAAUUGGAUUAUAUCUUUGCUGUGCCUGGAUCUCAGUUUAUUCGGUACCAGACUACCAAGGCUCUUCCUUGGUGGUGGAAUCGAUGGGUGCUGCUCCGUAAAGGAACAAAGCUAGAACCGUUGUAUAAAUUUGAUGAGACGAUUGAGAGGUCGCAGAAGGUUGGUGUUGCUUAGACUCAGACAAGUGAACAGGAUCCAGAGAAUAUCACGGGAUGUUUGUGGGUAUCACACGACGCGGAAUGAAAUGUUGGUCAUUGUUGUCUUGCACGAUGGGCUGGGAAUAAUGGGAAGGGGAAGUUGUUUGAGCUUUUAUAUACCCAAGUCGGCAUUCUUUUCAUGCCCUCAGCAGGACAAUACAAUCAUCACGAG